AAAAUUCUGGGUUAGGGUUAGGUUUGCGUUUCAGUACCUCCAAAACCAAAACCAAAACCAAAACCAAAACCAAAACCAAGCACAAAAUUCUCUCUCUCUCUCUCUCUCUUCCAAACCCAUGGCGUCGACGACGGCACCACAUCAACAAGGCGGCGGCGAUGGUGGAGGAGGUUCAGUUUCGAAGCCAGGGAUGAGGAAGCCGGUGUUUGUGAAGGUGGAUCAGCUAAAGCCAGGUACAAACGGCCACACUCUCAUCGUCAAGGUCCUCUCUUCCAACACCGUCUUGCAGAAGAAAGGUCGUAACCCUCAUCUCACCCGCGGCGGCGCCGCCACUGCUCAGACUCGCAUCGCCGAGUGCCUCAUUGGUGAUGAAACUGGCACCAUUCUCUUCACCGCCCGUAACGACCAAGUUGACCUGAUGAAAGAUGGUGCCACUGUGAUUCUUCGCAAUGCAAAGAUUGACAUGUUUAAAGGGUCUAUGAGGCUAGCUGUUGAUAAAUGGGGCCGUAUUGAGGUCACUGAGCCAGCACAAUUUGUGGUUAAAGAGGAUAACAACCUGUCUCUAGUCGAGUAUGAAUUGGUCAGUGUAGUUGAAGAAUGAUUUGAAUCUCUUGGAAGUCAGCAUCUUCAGUUAUCUAAGUAUUUUUAUGAAGUUUGGAAUCCUGAUGAUUUGUUUUGCUGUCUUAGGUACAUUGUUGUGUCUUUUUUUGUUUUUUGUUUUUUCCUUCCCUUCUAAUAGAUGGGUUUGGUAUACAAAUCUCACUAGAUUCAUAGUCGCCGUGACAACCUUAACAUGUGGUAGGAUCUGAUGUCAGUUUUUAUAGUUGGUAUGUAAAAAACAGGAUUGGGUAUUCCACCGUAUUGUCAUAUACUGUCUAUAAGGUGAAUCUAGUUUGUGGUAGGAUUCUUAUCAUAAUAUAUGCUAAUGGUUCUGGCU